CCCAAAGAAGGCAAGGAUUCAGAGGUGCACGGUGACGAGCAGAGGUAGUCGUCUUCGUCAUUAGAUCUUGUUGCGGCCGGCGUACAUAGAAUGGUAGAAGCUGCGCAGAGGGGAGCCAUGUUAAACUCCGGCGCCCCUCACCUGUCCGACGGAAUGUCUCACCGGGGCAAGACCGCGAAAGUGUCGCCGCCGAGCAGGGUAGACCACCUCAGCGCACUACCGGAUUCCGUACUGCAGUACGUGCUUGGUUUUCUUGAGGCGCGGGAGGCGGUGCGGACGUGCGUGCUCGCCCGGCGCUGGCGUCACCUCUGGAGGUUAAUCCCUCGCCUGAGCGUCACGGACGCCGACGCGUUUCGGAGUGUCGAGAAGCUCAAUGAGUUCGUGAACCGGCUGCUUCUGCCCCGCGACCAGAGCUCUGUUCUCGACGAGUGCGAGUUCGAUCUGCGUGGGUUCUUGCGACUGGAUGAUGCAAGUGUCGACCUCUGGAUCCGGCACGUUUUGAUGUGCCAUACCCAGGUGCUGCAAGUCCAUUUCCAUGCUAAUCUACAAACUACUCAGGACCAGCCGCUCGUCACACUGGCCAACCAACCGCUCCUAUCUCAGCAUCUGUGGCGAUUAGAGCUCAGCGGUAUCUCCUUGGAAAAUAGCUUCCUUGAUUUUUCGAGCUGCUUGGUGUUGAAACAUCUAAAGAUCACCAAUUGUGUCGUUGAUACUGACAAGAUCUUGUCCCGGUCCUUGAAACAUCUUAGCAUCAUGGGCUGUGAGCUUUGCUGGCAAUUACACCCAACUCUUAUAUCUGCUCCAAGUCUUAUUUCACUGCAACUAGCUGAUUAUGUUGGUGUGACUCCAAUCCUCGGAAGCAUGCCAUUACUAGAAACUGCAUCUGUCAGUCUUGGCCACCAGAAUGAGGAAUAUUGUGAUUUCUGUGAUAAUGGUGGCUCUGAAGACUGUGACUGUGGCAUGGUGUAUUUGGAGGAUGAUUGUGCACCUGACGUCUCUGUGCAUCUUUUGGGUCUGUCCACUGCUACGUGUUUGGAAUUGAUAGCUUCCUCUAAAAUGGUUACAUUCAAAAGGGAUCUUCGCUACUGCCUUGAAUUUAGUAAGCUAAAAUCUUUGUUACUCAGUGACUGGUGUUUGGUAGCUGAUUUCCAAACACUAUUGUGCUUUCUCCAUUACACACCGGCUCUAGAGAAACUCAUUCUUCAACUUUGCCAG